UUUUCGUAUGCUCUCGGAACAAUCGACAGCAGUAUGCUGCUGAAGAAACGGGGACCAGCUCGCGAGAGAUCGCCUCGCCAAAAGUCAAUAGCUGAAAAGGGACUUGUCAGCGAGCGAGCAUUUUUCCCCCGGAAGCUCACUCAGACGCGCGACUGGUUUACCUACGUAGAAGUCGCCAAGGCGCUAGCCUCGCGCAGUUUCUCCUUUCAUUAUCUUUUCCGCAAAACUUCACUACACAUCUUCCGGAGAUUAUAUAGCCUCGAUGCUUUAUCGUGCACUAUGGCGAGCGACGAACUCGCGAGGCUUGCGCAACGACGACUUAUCGUUGCUAAUGAUCUAUGCCGCUUUUUUCAUAUAAAUUUCGCAGCCUUUUCACAGUUAUAAGUAGUUGCUCUCGACAAAACUCCAGUCAAGAUGUAUCGAGUCGCCGUUAGCUGCGUCCUCUUGGCAUUGGUCAAUGGGAAGCCUUGGCAUCGGCGCGCGGAACGGCCGACUGCCGAAUUGUACACGCCCCACGGUCGCAUAAUCGGCGGCAAACCGACAACGAUCGAAACUCAUCCCUGGCAAGUGUCGCUUCAAGCCUACGGUUUCCACUUCUGCGGUGCCAGUAUCGUCGCCGACCAAUGGAUUUUGACGGCUGGCCACUGUGCCGGAUACUCGCCCGAUCUGACGACCGUGCGCGUCGGUAGCUCGGUGAUGGAAGAGGGUGGCGCGGUACACGCGUUGGAAAGAGUGAUUCGCCACGAAAACUUUACGAAAAGCGCGAAAGGCAUUCCCCACCACGACAUCGCACUUAUGAAACUCAAGACCAAGAUCGACUUUAACGAGCGAACCCAACCCGUGGCACUGUUCGAGCAGAACGAGAAAUGUGACGUCGGCACGAUAGCUACGAUUUCUGGAUGGGGCACUACCAUCGAGAAUGGCGAUAUGCCGGAAGUGUUGCACACCGUAGACGUGCCGAUCGUUAGUAAAUCUGCGUGCAACGAAGCAUACGAAAGCUGGGGUGGAAUUCCCGUAGGGCAAAUUUGUGCUGCUUACCCGCAAGGGGGAAAGGACACUUGCCAAGGUGACUCUGGUGGACCUUUAGUCAUCGAUGGUCGUCAGGCUGGUAUUGUCAGCUGGGGUAACGGUUGUGCUAGAAAGGGUUACCCUGGUGCUUACACCGAAGUCGCUUACUAUCGCGACUGGAUUAGCGAGAAGUCGGGCAUCUAAUUUUUUGUAAAAUUUUGCGAUGUGAAAUAAACAAAAUCAUGCGCAAUAUUACGAAACCAACGUUCUUGUGUACUUUCUCUUACUGAUUUAUGAAAGUCUACAUAGUUUGCGAAGAUGACUCGCAUUUCGUAAUAUUCUGAUCGAUAAUAUAUAUCAAUUCAUCUUGCAAUGAAAAGGUAAUCGACCGAUUAAAAUUUAAAA